AAAUGGGCGUCAGGUGCAAGAAAGGAUUUUUUGUUGGUGACAAAUGACUCGAGGUGACAGGUGAUUCAAAAAAAAAAUCCUCCAAAAACGUCAAACCGAAAAGUGUACUGAAGUUUUCGAACCCUUCGACGAUGGCAGCAUCGAAGUACCAGAAGCCAGCCGAUUUCAAACAAAAGAUGAAUUCACACGAUCCCGAAAUAACCCAGCAUGAAUUGGAAAGAAUUUCCAAAUACAUUCGGCUUGCCCUCCGAAAUUCGGGUCGUAUCGAGGAAAAAGUAGUGAGAAUAGGUACAGGGUUCUACUGGCAUUUAGGCAUUGCCAACAUGCUCAAUGAAGCUUUAAGCGAUUACCCAAACAUGCGUCAGGUUUUUUUAACCAUGAGCACGGACGGUGUAGUGCUGAGGCAGCCUGGAAUACCCAAUAGGCAGGUGUGGCCAAUCGUAAUAACGAUUGAAAACGUACCAGCGAUGAGCCCACUGCUAGUUGGUAUGUAUUUUGGGCGGAAGAAACCGCCGUGCACCUUUCUACGUCAAUUCGUGGAUGAGUUGAACCAUCUCUCCACUGGAUCGAUGAUUUGUGGAAAGAUGCGGGCGGUUUUUCUGCGUAAAAUAAUAGCUGAUAUGGAGGCGCAGUACAUCAUCACCGGGACAGUUGCGCCCUGCGGCAGCUCGGGAUGCCGCUGGUGUGAUGCACGCCGUGCAAAGAAAGGUGGAUCAUAUCCGAUAUAUGCCGGCAACUACCGAACCAACGUCCAGUUCCGCAGUUUGGUUUAUGCAGGGCACUACCGCUGCAAAAAGAACAAAGCAGGGAAAGCCACAUCGUCCGUGCUAAGGUCACCUUUGGUUGACUUAGACUACGAUGUGGUUUACGAGGUGCUAUUGUGCGACCCGCUGCACAACCUGCAUAAGGGGGUAAUGAAGGAGCUCAUGCAAGUUUUUUGGCGGAAAUCUGAUUUUGGGAAGAAAAGACAAUUCAAUAAAAUUGUUACCAACAUCAGAAUAUAUUCCGAAGCCAAAAUGGCUAAGAGCUUCGCCAAAAUGAGCGUUUCUAAGAACGAGUUAACUUGGCGAGCUUCCCAUUAUGCCAACCUGUUGAACUAUGCCGGUCCGGCUUUGUUUCAGCAGAUUCUUAAUGAAAAGGACUUUAAAUCGUUCAUGAAGCUGCAUUCGGCUAUCAGUAUCCUUUCUCAUAGCUAUUUCCGAAAGGAUACACAAAUGGCAGCAGAAUUGUUAGCAACGUUCUUGGCGGACUAUAAGAAGGUGAAUCAUAGAAUCACCCUUAAACUUCAUGCACUUUGCCAUAUUUCGAAGCAAGUAGAGCUUUUCGGACCGCUUCCGGAAAAUUCUACCGCGGUUUUCGAAAAAUAUUACGCUGGCAUGAGGAGAACUAUUGGGAAAGGGGAUUUGGAGAAAAUGAAAUUGUCAUACUUCAAACAGUUUGCCAAAUUUACCGCCGACCCAAAUGGAGGAAAGCUAGUAUUGUUAAACUUAGUGGAAGAUGGAAUAUAUUCUUCUAUUAAGUUCGGUCACAAAUUUAUUUUAAAGGGACGAUUUGCCCAAAAAUGGUUUUUGACAAGAGACUUCAAGGUAAUGGCCAUGAAAAGCGCUAUGCGUGAUGGUGAGGACACCAUAAUAAAUGCCGAAGAACUAGGGGUAUAUAAUAAAUGUUCGUUUGCAGAAAAUGCCGUUGACCUUCUGCAAUACGAAUCCCCAAUGGCUGAACAAUUCUUGGACCAUCAAACAAAAGUUAGUUGCAAGCAAGUGUUAUGCAAAUUGGUAGUUGUAGAGUUGAAUAUUAAUGGAAUUAAAAAAUUCUACUUCAUACCCGAACAAGGAUCUUUCAAUCCUUUAGACACAUAGCUAUCAUA